UAUUGUAUCAUUAAUGGUGCAUCUGCGCCAUAUGGUGAUGCGUUCCUUGGGCUUGAUGUUAAUUUAAAGUUAGGAAAACCGAACGAAGUUCAUCAAUACAAAAGAUGGAAAGCGCAUUCUCUCAGUGCACAAGAUUACCAAAAUGAACGUAAGAAGGCACAUGCUUACGCUAAUGUAGGUCCUUUGAACAUUAAUAAAGCAAGUCGCAGAGAUCUCCUAUCAGUGUAUGGAAUUGGUGAAACUUGGGCAGAUAAAAUCAUGACUAAGAGAGAAUUCAAAGACAUAGAAGAUGCGAAAAAAAAAGACUAA